AUGGGGGCCUUCGUGUUCAACAGCACGCCAGGGAAACCUCGCUUUUCGUCAAAUGUCGUAGCCUUCAAGCCGCCACUGCUCGCUAACAAGUUCAUCUACACUAUAGGGUUUCCUUUCGGUGCCAUUGUAUCGGGCAUGGUUUACGGAGCAUAUGCUGUGUCUGUGGGGCGUGAGAAGAACGUCAUCUCCAAAACACGAAACGCGCUGAAUGACGAAAUGCUUUGGCAUGUCACGGGAUCUCCGCGGAUGUACGUCUUCUUUGAGGCGGACGACCUCAUUGCAUGGAAGGAUGUUGAGGAUCAUGCCUGGGAGAGCGAUGAGCUGUUUGGACUUGAUGACGUGGUGGCCAGAUUUAGAAACAGUGGGCAUUACAGUCAUGCUCGUGGAAAUAAGGACGAGUAA